ACCUUGCAGUUCAUUUUAUGUUGAUCUCACCAGUAUGGCGGAGAACCAAAGAGCCAGUUUGCGAAUGAAGCCACAGGACUCGCCCUCCAUCCCGAGACCCGCCCUUCUACCUGGCGAAAUCAUGGUCUGCGAGGUCCCAAACGUGCUUCGCUUCGAUGCCAUGGGUGAGAACAAGAAAGGCAUUUCUGGUGUACUUUGUGCAACAAACUUCAGAGUGUCCUUCAUCACAGCAGGCAUGUACGGAAACAGACGGCAAUCUAUUUUUCACUCCAAUCAGGACCUCUCCGAAGACAGCGAGGGUUUUGCAAGUCAGCCGCAAUCGCAAGAUGCAGUUCUAAUCCCCCAGGCAUGCAUAAUGUACAUCUGCAGUGUGAACGGUGAAAAAGUAAAGAAAAUUAACCCGGGCCAUGUGUUUAAAUCAAAACUCGAAACCCUGGUCGUACAUUGCAAGGACUUUCGGAUCAUUUCCUUCGGUUUCAAGUUCUGUUCCAAGGAACACCAACGCAAAAUCGUCAACACGAUCCUACAUUAUUCAUACCCUUCAUCCAUUUCACAUCUUUUUGCUUUUGAUUACAUUCAGCACUCGGGUUCUAACGGCCAUUCAGGCCGUGAAUUAUUCCCAACCUACCGGUCGUUAUCACACUGGGAACAAGAAUUAGAGCGAUUGAAUUCAAAGGAUAGGUGGCGUGUGACAGAAGCAAAUAUCGAGUUUGGUAUAUCAGAUAGUCUCGGUCGAUACAUGGUUUGUCCCAAAGGAUUAAAAGAUGACUCCAUUGUUGCAGCUGCUAUUCAUUAUACUAAUGGACGGCUGCCAUUUUGGUGUUGGAAUCAUCCAGUGACUGGUGUACCUCUGCUAUGCAGUAUUGGACUGUGAGUAGUAGUUUCAUAAACUCAGUGGUAAAAUACUUGUAGCAAGCUGUAAAAACCUUCUAUCAAUCCAGAAAAGAUCCACACGUCCCCAAAUGUUCUCUGUGGGGGAGGUUUGGAUGUUUUCUGGAAUGACCUGUGGUAAACAAGCAGUAGACUAUAACUAGCAGAAUAAACUUGCAUUUUUUAUUAAACAGACAUACAUGUCCUGUCUUUCACAGUAACAGAUUAGAUUCUGGUGCAGCACUCUAACCAACUGAGCCACAGAGUCUACAUGUAACUCACAUACUAUCAUCUCUCCAUUCAGGCCUGAAAGUGAUUUGCUGGAAAGACAUGAGAGCACAAUUUUCGACACGAUCAAGUCAACGUACCCCAAAGGAAAGCAAACACCAAUCACAAUAUUUGAUGUCUCGCGGAAUUGUGCCUCGUCUCGAGAUUUGGAAAUAAGUUAUGAGAAAGUCCGAGAGUUGUGUAUGCAUGAGAACGAGAGAGAUUUCUGGGCUGGCGACACACACUGGAUGACCAACAUUGAUGGUACUAGGUAAGAGGAUUAUAUAUUAGUCAUGAUCUAGUUGUUGAAUUACUUUUUUAGUACUCUCUAGUGGUAGUGAUUACAGCACAUGUCUUAUGCCUCUACGCUUUGAUUCCUCCAAUGUAUGGCAUUCUGAUCGUGGCUCCAUGAGAAGUGUCGUUCCAGUUUCACUUCAAACAUCUUAUGAAAAACUGCAGGUUCUGUCAAACUGCAAGCAUAUUCUAGCAUGCGACCGAGGUGAAAUUAUAAUCAGAGACUAUAGGUUGGUUUACAGUAUUAAAGUUUCUGUGAUCAAUGUAGGAAUUCUUCAUAGGUAAAUUCUAAGUUUCACAGGAUUGGUAAGAAAUGUUUGAGGGAACUGGCUCAGUGUUUAACACUAAGUCACUUUCCUCAAACAUUUCUUACAAAUCCUUCAAAACUUAGAAUUUCCUAUCCUGUGAUCACAGAAACUUUAAAGCAGGCUUGUGAACUGCAAAAAUGCAAGGUACAUGCAGUAACACACCAUUCAUCUGAAUUAGUACAAUACAUCCAUGAUUUCAUUUCUUCAUCCUUUUCUUCGCAUUCUUUAGAUGGUUGCAACACAUCAGAUCAUCGCUAAUCGCCGCCUAUGCGGUGUCCAAGUUAGUCUACGAAGAUGCGAAGCCAGUGGUUGUGCGUGAAUUAUCUGGUCGAGAUUUAUCACUGGUCAUAACCUCCAUUGCUCAAAUCAUCAUGGAUCCACACUACCGUACGAUUGAAGGCUUCCAGUGCCUCAUCCAAAAGAUGUGGGUUAUCUUUGGUCAUCCAUUUGCAAAGCGGGUUGCGCAUAUUAAAGUGAUUAAGAAAGACGAAAAAGAUGAGAAUGCGGAAUCUCCAGUGUUCUUACAUUUCCUAGAUUGCGUGCAACAGUUACUGGCGCAAUUCCCUUCAGCAUUCGAGUUCUCGGACACCUACCUUCUAGGAAUCUUGGAUUGCGUAUACUCGUGCAUGUUCGAGACUUUUCUCUUCGAUUCCGAGAAGGAGCGAACCGCUAUUUGUGCGCAAGAGGCGUGCGCAAACCGACUAGCAAGCUUAUGGGAUUAUAUUAUGGGUAAUCUAGCGUCCACGGAUUUUUCAUUAUUCCUCAACCCACUCUACGAGUUUCAGCGCACAACUUUAAUCACGGAGGACGAGAAACCAAAAGAGCCUGAACCCUAUUUACUUGGAAGCACUGACACGCCUUGUCUGCGGUUUUGGAAUUCGUGUUUUCUACGUUGGCUCCCGGCCGCUAAAGAAACCGUGGGUCAAGGACAUUGUGCGUCAAAACAUCUUCAACAGAUGAUCCUAUUGAAAAAACUAAAAGUUCUUAAACACCGUCAAGCUCUUUUGGAAGCGGAUCUGAAAGGCUACGACACGGCCACAGACAAAGAACACGACCAGAACAGCCGGGAACUUAGUAAUCUCACCACGAUGAGCGAUUUUAAAACAACACUUCUUAAUUCACUGUCUGGACCUUUUUCCUUUUCGGAGUUUUCAUUGAACCCGUUAAUGGCAGGCAAGAAUAACCAGGCUCGCGAGGGCGAGCUGGCCACGCAAGUUUAGUACAUUGUAGUUAGUUAUAUAUUCUAAAAUUUCAAUUUCGUACUAGAAAGUAUACUCACACAAACAGAAUAAAAGUUUUCAUAAGGGUGGGGCGAUUCAGGGUGAAAACCGUCAGGAAAAAACCCGAAAAAAAAUUUUAUAACUUACGUCAAAAAUAUACUACAGUUAAAUUAAAUUUCAAGCUAUUCUAUUAAUGGUAUAGUACUGCCUUAAUAUUAAUGGUAUAGUACUGCCUUAGCGGUAGGCCACCGUAACGUGUGCUAUUUUCUUCGUUUUUAGUUAGACGUUUCGUCAGAAAACGUUGAACUAAACAGUCACCCCCCCCCCCCCCGGGUUUUUUUGCCCAGAACAACAUCGGUUUUUCCGUUUUGUCGAUUAACCGCCUCAUCCUAUAGUUUUCAUUUGCUCAUGACUUGCGUAUCAAGGUCGCCCAUGUGUCUUUACAGCCGGUAAAGACAGAUCAAAUGAAAAUCAGGAACCGGUCUUAUAGUAGAACUAAGAUUUAGGUGGGUUUUAUUAAGAUUUUUGUGCCGUCUCACUCGAAUAAUAUACGAUGGGUAUAUUGAAGAUGGAAAUUGUCAAGUAGAAAUUUAUAUACAUUAAGAGAAAAAUGCAACUUUAGCCCCUGGCAGGAAUUGAACCUGUUGCCCUGCGAUAUUCCAGUGCAGCGCUCUAAUCCUGCACGUUCACUACACAAUUCCCGUUAUAGACUAAUUUUAAAAAUAGGCAAAGAGAUGCAAGAAAGAACACACAGCUAGAAAGAACAUACUACAAUGAGUAAAAUUGCAAAGUUUGGUUGCGAAAUGUUGUAAAACGCGGAAAAUAUAGCCUUGCAAAGUUUGCAUAUUUUUGCAUUGCAUGCGGAAAUUGCUACCAUUUUCGGCCCGAAUGUUUAGUAUGUUCUUUCUUAGAUGUGGUGAUUUAUUUGCCUCUCCUUGCCUAGUUUUAAAAUUAGUCUAUGAUGAGAAUUGUCUAUUCCUGUCAGCAUGGAUAAUAAAAUAAAUGGAUAGGAAACUAGCUGACGUGACCUAAUGUUUUUACUGGGAUUGAUGGCGUGACUGGGUGCCUCAACCUAGUUGAAAACCAAAUUCUCAAAAACGGCAUGUUUAGCAAUAAUACAGCUAAACAUUUUAGUCAAAGAGCAAAUAAAUGUAAC